AUGGUCUUUGGACACCCCAGCGGGCGUCUUCUCUUCUCCCCUUCUCUUUUCCUCCUCCUCCUCCUCCUUCCCCACGUAUGCAUUGGCGGCAGGUACAACCUUUCAGAGAUGGCUGCCGGAGAGCACAGGGAUUCCGUCAUUGAUCCUCGGUACGUGGCGAUGGGUUUUCUGCCGAGAGGCCGGCCCUUCCCCCCCUCCGGACCCUCCAAGCGGCACAACAGCAACCCAACCAAAAGUACCGCUUCCCACCGGACCACCUCCCCCUAG